AUCGCCCACGAUAAGUACGCGGGGGCUGUUGCACGUCUGGUUGUAGACCGCGGGAUGGCGGGACCGCGUGAGUGCGGCAAGGGCGAGGCUCCCUGGAAGAAGAUGUCUAAAGAGGAGCUGGAGACUCAGUACUUGCCCAGCAGAUGGGUCGUCAGGCUGGGAGCAGAGGAAGCCCUGAGGACCUACUCACAGAUGGGAGACAAGGCCACCAAGAGGGCCCGGGCCACCACAAGGAGCCUGCUGGAUGUCCCCUACGGAGACAGCGAAGGGGACAAACUGGACAUUUACUUUCCCAAGGACGCAUCUGGAGCGCUGCCUUUCUUCACGUUCAUUCACGGCGGGUACUGGCAGAGCGGAAGUAAAGACACAUCGGCCUUCAUGGUCAACCCGCUCACAGCACAGGGAGUAGCCGUGGUGAUACUGGCUUAUGACAUUGCCCCCAAAGGCACCCUGGACCACAUGGUAGACCAGGUGACCCGGAGCAUCGCGUCCGUCCAGAGGCGGUAUCCAUGCAACGAGGGGAUUUACCUGUGCGGACACUCAGCGGGGGCCCACCUGGCCGCCAUGAUGCUCCUGGCCAACUGGACUGAACACGGAGUCACACCCAACCUCAGAGGCUUUUUCCUGGUCAGUGGGACCUAGGACCUGGAGCCCAUUGUGCACACUCCUUUGAAUGCCCCGCUCCUCAUGACCCCGGAGGAUGCUCAGAGAAACAGCCCGCAGCGGCGCCUGGAGGUGGCCCCGAAGCAGCCCGUGGAUGCGGCCUACCCCAUACUGGUGAUUGUGGGCCAACACGACGCCCCCGAAUUCCACCGGCAGUCCAGAGAGUUUUAUCAGUCCCUCCCCACUGUCACUCCGAGGAGGGUGGAAAGCCUCGCGUUCGAAGAACUCCACAACGUGGAUCACUUUGAAAUCAUUUGGAAACUAACCCAGAAGGACUACGUGCUCACGCAGAUUAUUUUGAAAACAAUCUUCCAGAAGUACUGACGGCCCCUGAAUCCCAGCUGGCGUGCACCCGACUUGUGAAGCUUCUCCAGGGAGCCUGACUGCUCCUUCCCCCUCCCGCCAGCCGCUGCUUCCUUGGUGGCCGGUUGCGCCUCGGUUUGUCCACCCGCCCUGGCAAGGGUCCACUCUUCCAAUCACUCUGGGCUCCACAACCGUGCCCUGGCUUGGAUCGAGUGGCUUCGAUCAAAAAAUGACAGCUCCUAACCGUACAUACAUUUCCCUCCGGCUCGCUGCCCACAAGCCUUUUAAAACAGUUGAGAACGAACUGGAAAGAAAUAUUAUUUUAUGACAUGGAAAACCUAUAUAAAAUUCAAAUUUCAGCAUCCAUAUUAAAGUUUGAUUGGAGUUCAGCCACGUUCAUUCAUUUACGAAUCAUCUGUGGUGGCUUUUGAGCUACAACGGCAGAAUUAGGAAGUCGUAUCGGAGAUUAAGCUAAAAUAUUUAUCUGAUUCUUUUCAGAAAAGUUUGCAGACCCUUUUGUAAGAGAAUCCUGAACUAGUUUUUGUUCUAUCUUUUGCUUCAUUCCGUUGUCCAUUCUGUCGUGGGCGACACCUGAUAUUUGGGUCUGUCCCUGAAAGCCUGGGGUGUUAGGCUCAGGCUAACACCUUGACUGUGACGGGACAACGACAUGCACAGGAGGCAAGCUUCCUCUGUCCCUCCCCGCCAGGGGUGUAUACAAUUCCCAAGGAGCCAUCCACCACCCACUACCCCCCCCGACCCCCCACACUCCGAAUAGCUAGCAGUUCAAGAAUGAUUGCUUAUAGCAAAACAGGAACUAGCCUAAAUAUUCAUCAGUAAAGAAUAAGUACAUCUGACCACUAUGUGGCCAUUGGAAAGAGAUCUAUUUCACCACGUGGGAAAUCUCCAAGACAUAGAAUUACCCGACAAAAGCAAGAUGCCCAAUGAUACAGUACCACCUCGGUGACGUUAGCUAAUAUACACUCACCAAACUCCGUGUUUCUGAGCGUGCUCACGCAUGUGUGAACGGACAAGGUCAGGGAGGACCCACACCUAACGCCUUGGGUGGGGAAGUGGAGCUGGGAACCCAGGAGCGGAGUGUUGGCUUCUUCUGGAUUCUUCGAAUCUUUUAGGAUACGAAUGUAAUGAGUAUUUAGCUGUAGCCUGUAAUUUGAAACAUUAAAAUAUUCAACAAGCCUUUAGGAUGCAGGCAAAUGAGAAUGAUAGUAUGGAUGUAAUUUGAAUCCAUUCUAGAUUUUUAAGGGACACACAUGGCUCACAAACUGUAGGACUUCAUUUAAUAUUGUGACAUUCCUGUGGGACAACUUGGGCUGCUGGCAGGAAACCCUGGUCACCAAAGCUGGGUUGAGAAUUGCUCCCUUAGGUUAUGGCCUUUUAAGGCAAAAUGCCUUAAGGUAAGCAAGGGACGGAAUGAAAGUGUGUCAUUGCUGCGUGACUCUUCACUUAAGGAUAUAUAUAGACAUGGAGAUACGGGCCUAUGAUGUUCUACGCAUAGUGUCUAGAUAGGAAAAAGAUGGAUACAAGUUAACAGCAGUUAACCUACAGGGUGAAACCGUGGGUAAUUUUAAUUUUCUUCCUUUUACCUAAUAUAAAUUUUUAUAUUACUAUAAAUAUUUUAACUGACUAUAAAAGUCUCCUUAAAAAUAGGCUGUGAAUUAGAUAACCGAUCAAUGUGAAUUUUCCUCAUUUUGACACUUGUUCUGUGAUAAGGUGAGAGAAUGAAAUAUUUAGAGGUAAAGAAGCAGGAUGCGUUCAACUAACACUUAGAUGGGUCAGGUAAAAAUAUACAUACGUGUACGUGUAUGUGACACACACGCACGUAUGGAGAGAGAGAGAAAAUGAGAAUGACAAACAGGCCAAAUGUAAACCAGUUAGAAAAUCUGGGCAAAGGGUAUUCCUUGUACUGUUCUUGCGACUUUAAUUUAAAAUGGUAAAAUAAAAAGUUAUCCAGUAGCUGUGAUAUUGAAAGAACAGACACCGGCAGGCCCGCGUGAGGCUGGAGGGCUGCUGAGGCCUCGCGUUCUGCCAUCUGCCCAGUCCCGUGGCUCAGGAAGUGACCGGAACACCCUGUUCUGCCACAGGCUCAGGACGCAUAGUUUUUUCCCCCCGAUAGGCUUCAGGAUUUACUCCUGCUGGGGCACCUUCUUUGCCCUGGUCGUUCCCUGCUCUCCUGUAGGUUUGCCAUCAUGGUAGCCCUGCUCUGCCCGUCCCCCUUCCCCAGAAGGCAGUUGUCCAGGACACCCAGGUCCGGGCGGUCAGCCUUAUCCUUAGGCCUGGGACUUAGAGCUCCUUCCUUCCUCCUUUUCCCUGUCCCCUUGCUUUUCGAGCUCAUCUGGAGUCUUCCGCAUGGCACCAAAGGCCUAUAAAGCACUAUUUCCUGACUUUGUGAGCAGGGCAGGGUGCCAACCUUCUUUGAUCUCCUAGCAACCACGACCUGCACACAGAUCUGAUCCUGGAGCCUGGGUCUCCAUCCUCGACUCCCUGUCUUUUCCAGACCUCGGCUCUGGGUCUCCAUUUACUCAUCCAUGAGAGAAUCUGGCUGGAGCAGGAACAGGCAGACAGAUCCACGAACAGAACGGGGCUGCAGAGCUUGGUCCCGGUAAACAGGGGAGCUUAGUAUGUGAGAAAGGUGCUGAUUCCAACCCAGUGUGCACAGCCGCUUAUGACACAAACCGCAGGGGCACCCGGCCCGAUCUUGGAAAACGGAUCGGAACCCUUUCCACCUACCUUCCAUCAAUCUAUUUCUGGAGGGUCAAGUCUUCAACAUAAAAGCCAAAAUCAGAACAAAUCAUCAAUGAAUAUCUUUAUAAAUCAUCUUAGAGUGGAACAAGCCUUUCUUUGGAUAGCAAAAUUAACAAAACAACAGACACCGACAGGAAACAGAAAACAAAAGCCAGAAAGUAGAUGAGUGAUAAAUAGGUCUGCAUAAAAAAUUUAGACAUGACAAAUGUAUACGAACUCUCACUGGCCAAUAGGAAAAAUCUCAGGAACCCACCGGAAAAGUGGGCAAGGCAUGAAUGGGCAGUUCACGGAAAAUAAAUCUAAGUGACCAGUAAACCUGAGAAGAGGUGCUCAGCCUUCCUUUUAAAUAAAGAGAUUCAACUUAAAACUGGCACAUGCUGCUUCGUAUUCUCAAAUGGGCAAAGAUCAGAAUGUUGGACAUGACGGUGGUGCUGUGGUCCUGACCUCCUCAUGCUUAUCAGGGAGACCUUUGACCCCGAGGAUUUAGCGACCAACAGAACCAACACAGCCUCCCCCUCUGCGUGGGUCUCUUUGUUAGUCUCUGUGUUUUCCUCUCCCUCAUUUUCUCUCCCCAUUCUGUUUCACAAAAUUGCUUUUCACAAUUCUCUCUUGAAUUAAGCUGAGAAAUAAAUCCAAGCUACCAGCUUCUUAUCCAAUUCAUAAUGACUAUUACCGGUAGAAAUGAACAAAACAAAAUUUGACAAUGGUUGAAA